AUGGUUUUUGAGGCGGUGGUGGCGGAUGUGCUGAACAAGUUCCUGGGCGACUACAUCGAGAAUUUGGAUCGGAAGCAGCUAAAAAUUGGGAUUUGGGGAGGCGAUGUGGUCUUGCAGAACCUCAAGAUUCGGGAGAAUGCCCUGGACGAGUUGGAUCUGGAUCUGCCUGUGAAACUUAUCUACGGGUAUGUGGACAAACUUAUUCUCAAUAUCCCCUGGAAACGUCUGUACACCCAACCGGUGAUUGUCAACAUCGAAGGAGUCUACGCCCUGGUAACGCCCAAUAGCAAUGUUAGGUACAAUCCCGAAAAGGAGGCCAAGCGUGAGAUGGAUCUCAAAAAGAAGGCAAUAGCUACUCUGGAGAGUGCUCGGAAAAAGGAGCUGGAAAAGGAUCAACCCAAGCCCCAAGCUGGCUUUACCGAGAAACUGACGGCCCAGAUCGUGAACAAUCUCCAGGUGCUGAUCAGCAACGUACAUUUGCGCUACGAGGAUACCACCACGACGGGCAGUCCCUUCUCCUUUGGCAUAUCCCUGCACCGGCUUGAGCUCUAUACCACCGAUUGUGAUUGGGAAAAGUGCUAUAUGGCCCAGCAGGCGGCUCAGGUCUACAAAAUGGCAUAUCUCGAUAGUUUGUCCGCCUAUCUAAAUUGCGGGGGCCAGAUUUAUGCCAGGAAUACAAGCCAUCUGGUUGAACAGUUCCAGGAUAAUAUUGCUAGCAAGGAUUCGAAGCCAGCAGGAUAUAAUUACGUCCUGGGUCCCAUCUCUUGCAAUGCCAAGCUAAAGCUAAACAUGAAUCCUGACCAGAAUGACCCGCCUUUCCAAAUAGCAAAAAUCGAUCUGACCCUAGAAAUGGAAAAGUUAAAUGUGGGCCUGACCAAUAUACAAUUUGAAAAUCUCAUCAAGCUGGGAGAUGCCAUGAAUCGCCAACAGUUGGCCAUACCAUACCGCAAAUAUCGUCCUUAUGAUAUACCCGUCAAAGGACAUGCCAAGGUAUGGUGGAAAUUUGCCAUAACCGCUGUUCUGGAGGAGGAUGUAAGGAAGUCUAAAAGGACCUGGACUUGGAAAUACAUUAAGGAGCACUGCAAUCGAUGUGACAGUUAUGCGCAGAAAUACAAAGAGCAAUGCCUGAGCAAAAAACCCUCCCCCGCUCUGAUUGAAUCCUGCAAUUUACUAGAGCAAAAAAUAGACAUUUUUAACCUCCUGCUGAUAAGGGAGCGGGUCAAUAUCGAGAUUGAAAAGCAGCGCGAGGCAAUGCCCAAGCAGAAGGCGGGAUGGUUCAGCGGCUGGGGUGGUGGAUCCAAGACACAAGGCCAAAAGUUGGUCGAAAAGUUCGAAGCAGCCAUGACGAGCGAGGAAAAGGCCAAGAUGUACACGGCCAUUGGUUACGAAAAGAAUAUGGUGCCCACGGAUAUGCCUGAGAGAUACGAGGCCAUCAAGAUGAAAUUUAAACUGGUUGCCUUGGAAGUGGGCCUGUACAAGGAGGAGCCCAGGGCACACGGCGAGUUUAGGGAAUACAAGGACCUGCCCUCGCUGGUCCUGCUCAAAUUCUUGAUGGCCACGGCCUCGCUCAUCCAGCGACCUGCUGCCGGAGCCGUGAGCCUUACCGCCGGCAUAAGGGAGCUUAAGGCCACGGGAUUCAAGACCCCAGAGAAUACACCUAUGCUAAUAGCAUCAAAGAUCACCGACGAGUUCAACCUGCUAGAUGUGUUCUUCGAGACGAAUCCCCUGGACAAAAAGUGCGACCAGCGGGUGAAGAUGGUGCUACGUCCCCUGCAGAUCGUUUACGAUGCUCCCACUGUCAUGGCCCUGAUCUCCGCCUUCAAGAGGCCGCAGGAUGUGACAGUCAACCGGAUUGAGGAUGCGGCCAGCUCACAAAUUGCCAACUUCAAGGAGCGUUCGGCCACCGGGAUGCACUAUGUGAUUGAACAGAAAACUGUGCUGGACGUGGACAUCCUGCUCAUGCCAAACACUUUGAUUUUGCCCGAUAAAGGAGUCUACAGAGAGGACGAGGCGUCCCUGCUGGUGGUGAGCUUGGGUCAGGUGCAUCUCACCAGCACUGCGCGUGAUCUCACGGACAUAUUUUCCACCGGCGAAGAGAAGGCCGACAUUCUAAAGGCGGUGAUGGACAGCUCCUAUGACAGGUUCACCGUCAAGGUGGCGGAUGUUCAGAUGCUCGUGGUCGCGGCUGGGGAGGCCUGGGAGACGGCUUUAAUGAAUGCCGAAUCAACGGAGAUGCACGUCCUAAGACCCAUCUCCUUGGAAGCAACUGCUGCACUUUGUGUGAUCGACAACGAUCCGCGGCUGCCUAAGAUGAAGGUCGACAUUGAUCUUCCCUCGGUUUUGGUCAAUAUCUCGGAGGAUCGCGUCAUUCUCGCCAUGAGAGUGGUCAUGAGCAUUCCGAAGCAAGAAGAUCCACAGCCACACCCUCAAGUUAUUACCCACAAAUCGAUGUCCGCCCCGCCUAAUUUCAACAAGGAGGUGAAAAAGAAGAUCGUCCUGCCCACGGCACAGCCUGCCAUGCCGGAGGUGGUCCCUCAAGAGAUCACGCAGUACACCAAUAUGGAGGUUAACUUCAGCCUGGGGGAGGUAUAUUUCGUUCUCUUUCAGUCCAGCAGAUGGAACGAGACCAGAGCCAAGGUGUCCUUUCUGGGGGAACUGCCAGCGGAGACAGGUUGCCAAAUUCUCUCAAUUGACAUUCUGAGAGUGGAGGCAUAUUUUGUCUCGCGAACCUACGAGUCCGUGGCUUCUGUCAAGCUGGGAGACAUCACCAUGCGCCAGUUUGGCUGCCCGGAGAAUAACUCUGAUACCUUGGACAUGAUUCUCACACCCAAGUCGGAGAAUAGUUCCAACUACCUGUUCACCGUCACCUGCACAAUGGCAUCCAAGACAUCCCCAGAGUUCAGCACCAAAUACGACUCCACAGAGCAGCUGAUUGUGGCCAAUUUCGAGGAUUUGGAGAUUGUCCUGCACCAGGAGUAUUUACUGAAACUCGUGGAAGUGGCAAAUCGUUUCCAAAGCAAUAUGGAUUAUGUGAUGUCCAAUUACAGUGUACAAGUACAUGAGUGGACGAGGAGUUCUGCCGGGGGCGGCGAUGGCAUCGGACAAAAGCUUAGUUUUAUCCUGGAGGAACAGAUAAUGACCCCCACCGAGACUAAGCCCCUCCAAGAUCAGCGAUAUGGCAGGGUGGAGAGUGUGAAAGUUCGCCUGAUGGCGAAUCUGGAACAAGUGGGUCUGAAGCUCACCUCUCUGAAUCGAGACUUGGCCGGUCUAACCGUAAGGGGGUUUGUGUGCAGCCUGAUCAUGAAGAACUCGUACACAGACGUCAACUUAGGCCUCAAGGAUAUACAGAUUGUGGAUCUGAAUCCACAGACCAUACACAAGAAUAUCCUGACUAUUGUGGGCAAGGACGCCUUCAACUGCCAGGUGGUGCUCUUCAACAAGGAGGAGACCCUCGCCUACAACUCGGACGAUAUGAAGAUCACAGUGGAAAUAGGCUGCUUGAGAAUUAUUUUCCUUAAUUGGUUCGUGGCAGGUGUCUUGAAUUUUCUAAACCACUUUUCCAGGGCUCAGGAGGCCAUAACCCAGGCCAGCGCUGCUGCAGCUGAAACCGCCCGCCAGAAGGCCAUGGAUGCCUAUGAAACGGCCACUCGCAUGAAGCUUGAUAUCCGCAUCAAGGCUCCUAUUAUCAUUGUACCCACCAGUUCUAGGUCCUUGAAUGCCCUGGCUCUUGACUUGGGUCUGCUGGAGCUCACAAACGACACAGUGGAGAUUGCGGUGGCCAACAGGGAACAACUGGCGGUCAUCGAUGAGAUUAAGCUCCGGAUAUGUGAUGUAAAGUUGAUCAAGGUGACUAUAAUGGAUGGCCAUGAAAGCAUUGUUGAUGAAAUGGAUUCUGCGGUAGGCUAUUUGUCUAAAUCAAACAUAAUGAAUCCCAUGAGCUUCACUUUAUUGGUCAAACGGAAUCUGUCCUACGGCUGGUACAAGGACGUGCCCGAGCUGGAUCUUUCGGGUCACCUCAAGACCAUAGAGCUCACUUUUUUUGCGACUGAUUAUGCCCUGGUGAUGCUGGUGAUGAAUUACAAUCUGAACGAGGGCUUGGAAGAGUUUCCUCCUAGUGAAGAGCCUCCGGAGAAGCCGAAACCCAAGUCAUCGGAAAAACGGCUUUCCAUGGAUCGCCAAGCUCGUCCCUCGCUUACCCUUCCCAACGAAAAGAUAGUCGAGGCCAUGAAGUUUAACUUCCAGUUUGAUGGGGUGGUCAUAAGUCUAAUGGAGAGUGAACACGAAGGACUGGCUCGGUUUGGAAUUUAUUUCCUAUCGAUUGAGGGCAGCAAGCUGGACAAUGGCACCUUGAGCUCCACUGUGGUCCUGUGCAAUAUCCAAGUGGACGAUACGCGCAGCAGUUCGGAAAUUCAGAUCAGGCAAUACCUGAGACGCAAAGAUUGGGGGCGGCCACAAAUGGAAGCGGAUGACAUCAUUGAGCUCUGCUACAAUGAACGUGACUUUAUGAUUGAUAUCAAGGCCGUUCUUAAAGAGAACGACACCUUUGCUGAGAUCCGUGUGCGCGGCUUUGGGCUGAUCGUCUGCAUUGACUUUUUGCUUAGGCUUUCCACCUUCUUCAGCCUUCCUGUUGACGAGACACCUCAACCCACCAUCAAGGUGAAGCGACAAUCAAUGGCGGGAUCGGUGCAAGAGGCCCAGAAAUCCCUUCGCCAAUCCUCCGUAGGAACAGCUAACGAGUUCAUGCCAAAGCAGUCCUUGGCUUAUACAGCUGUGAGCAAAAAGGUCAACCUUAUUCUCCACAUUGACGAGCCGGAGAUAAUAUUGGUGGAGAGUCUGGAGGAACUGGACACUAGUUGCAUUAUUUUCAGUGCCCAUGCUCAUCUUAAUUUCCGCGGCAUCAACGACAAGCAGAUCAUCAAUGGGGAAAUCGAUUCUCUGAAGAUGUACAUGUGCGCCUUUCUGCCCGAUCGACGUGACACCACCCGCCACUACAUCCUGCAUCCUUGCGUGAUUAGCCUGCAGGGCUCUACGCCCGAGGAGGAGGGCAUGCACAUUAGCCUAAAGCUGAGCGACAUCAUAAUCAACAUUUCCCCGGCCACCAUUGAGCUGCUGAACAAGGCAAUGGUGAGUAUUAGUAGUGGGAAGGAGAUCAGCCAGGAAGUGGCCGAGGCUGCCCGCAAUUAUUCGACUCUGUGGAAGGAGCAACCCUUGAAAAGUCGUGACUACUGGUUCACACGGCCGGAAAAGGAGAAAGAGGUCAUGGACUACCAGAGAUUUCCUGAGGCGACCAAGACUGAGAAGUGCGUCAUUGAGAUGCCCAGCGUUACGCUAGUCAUUGAGUCUGGAAUUGGUUACUACACGAAGCCCCUCAUUUCGCUGGACACCCGCCUAACGGCCGUAUUCAACGAUUGGAGCAGUAAUCUCACAGCUCAAGGAUCACUGACAGUGAACAUGAACUAUUACAACCAAACCCUGGCCGAGUGGGAGCCCAUUAUCGAGCUGAACGAGGUGAUGCGCGCCGAUGGCGUCCGCGAGUAUAUCCCCUGGGAACUAAAGUUUGAAAUGGGCACGGAACUGGUGUACAACGAGGCGAUUGAAGACCAGGAGGAGCAGCAGGCCAUGUACAUUAGUAUCCACUCGAUACAGACGCUUGAGAUAACGCUCAGCAAGACCUGUCUGGGCCUGCUGGGCGAAUUAGGCGAGGCCUUCUCGCAGGCCAUCGAUGAGGAGGGUCUGACCAAGCCGGGUAUUGUUGCGCCUUACAUGCUGGAGAAUGACACGGGCUAUGACGUCGAACUGGACCUGCGUAAGGGCAUGUUUAUGCUGCACGACAUGCACAACCAGCUUGCCAGCGUGAUGCCCAGCACUAGCAGCCUUUUCUUGUCGAACUAUUCUGUUGACGUUAAGCCCAGUGCAAUUGACAUAGUCAUAAUUGCGUCGGGCGGACGAGCCUACUUACAGACCAAGGACCUGAGCAUGUUGACAUCCGAAGAGGAUGUUGAUGACUAUAGUCUUUAUGUGACGAUUAGGGACAUGGGGGACAUAGAGAUUGCUUUGCCGGUGUCGAAAUCGGAUACCAGAUUCUUUAACCUAAUGACUAGCUCGGUGUCCGAGCCUUAUGGUAUUGUGUCCGAGGUGAAGCAGGUAUACGGAACCACCAAGGUCAACAUCCAUGGGGUAGUUAGUAUACACAAUCACUUCACGUGUCACAUAGAUGUAUAUCGACGCAACACUCAUCCCACCGUGGAUAACUUUCAGGACAUCUUUGUGGGACGGGUUAAGAGGGGACAGGUUUUCCAUGUACCGCUGCAUGCCAUAUACGCAGACGUCAAAGAACUGUACUUCUCCAUGCGGGGAUACAGGACCUCGGAUCAGGGCUUUGCCUGGAACUCCAAUCUUUCGGAAGCAGAUUACUCCAACCAGCUGCACUGCAAUCCGACCAAGACAUACGAGCCGUUGUACAUCAAUGUCCGGCGAAAGAAGACUGAGAUCUACCACGAGUACUCGAACAAAUAUACAAUACUCAGUGCCUUCUAUACGAUUCACCUGCGCCCGCCGCUGUACCUGCGCAAUGCCCUGCCCAUCGAGAUCAUGGUCUCUGUGGCCGGUUGCUCUGUGAGUAAGGACGGCUUAAAUGCACAAUCCUCGAUGCAAUUCAGCGGGGAAAGCCACAUAAGGGAGGAAUUUCUGGACUACGGCGAAAAGACGAUAAAGCCUGGCAGUGUCCUCCAUCUGCCCACCGUCCGGUUGUCCUCUACUAAGAGCUUCCUGGUCGUAAGGAUGAUGCAAUACUUGGAGAAGGACUGGUCCUGUGUCACCGAGAUUUCGGAGGACACUGGCGACGUGGACACCUGGGUGUUCUCAUCGUACGACUCGGCGAUGAAGGUGAAUAAGUCUCUUUAUGUCAAGUCUGAUAACCGGGAGGGCAGCUUGAUGCUCACGCUAUUUAGCCCCUUCUGGCUUAUUAACAAGACGGGACUGAUGCUCAGUUACCAGACGGAAUCGACCUCUGUGGACGUUCUAUACCAUCCGUCCGAAUUCACUGGACCCAUUCUGUUGACUUUCCGGGACAAGGUAUUCUCCAACAAGAAGAAGGCAUCUAUUCGAAUCGACAAUGGCAGCUGGAGCCAGAAGAUCCCGAUGGAUAUAGCCGGGGCUAAAGGCUGGGUCACUUGCCAUGCAAACAACAGAAGCUACCACAUUGGCGUCCACAACCAUUUGACGCAGAACACGUUGACCAAGCAGGUAACCUUCAUACCCUUUUACAUUGUGUGCAACAGGUGUCGCUUUCCCAUUGAACUGCAAGAGCAGAGCCGCCUGGGGGAUCCCUGGCUGCUCCUCGAGACGAAUCAGUUCGAGCCGUUUUGGCCAAAGACAGUCAAGGAGAGCAAGGUGGUGGUGCGCGUCAGAGGGAAGAUAACGCCGGCUUUCGACUACACUGAGGUGGUCUGCACGCUGCUCAAACUGGAGGACAGCAAGAAGGGCGGCAUCAACGUGGACGUUCAGACCACAGAGGGGGGAGUCUAUAUCACUUUCACGGAAUACAAGACGGCCGAUGCUCCUGGCAUGCUAAUCAAUCACACCAAGCACGAGGUUGUCUACUACGAGAAGGGAUCGAAUAAUGAGCAUAUCCUGAACGCCAAGAGCACUAUUAUGUACGCCUGGGAUGACCCGACGGGUUCCAAGGUGCUGGUGUUUGGCACAAACAAGCAGGAGACGGAUCUUAAGCGGGAUAACACGGGCGAUGUUGUCACAGAGAAUGGCUCUAAGGCUUUGUGGGUAUCCUUCCUGGACGGCCUGCAGCGGGUAUUGCUCUUCACCGAAAGCGAGUCCAUUGCCCGUCGCACCGAGAGUAAUGCUGCCCUGCAGUCCAUCACUCAGAGCAUUGAUCUGCGCAUCCUCGGUGUAGGUUUCUCGCUAAUAAACAACGAGUCGGGGGUGGAUAUCCUAUAUCUGGGUGUCACCAGUUCUGGCAUCAUCUGGGAGUCCAAGAAGACGAGCAAAAAGCGGUUUAAGGAGGUGACCAUCAAUGAGAAUGCGCUUAUUGAAGCCGAGUAUACAAAGUACCUAGCGCACAAGAAGGCCAACGAGAUCCAGACCUACAAGCUGGACAAAAAGUUUCCGAUCGACUUUGAUCGAAUGAUUUUGAAAAAGACAGUGGAACGCAAUAUACGACGCAAUUUCUAUCCCGCCAUUUGGGUGUCCCGCAAGUCGUCGCCAUUCCAGAACCAGCUCCACCUGAAGAUCAAUCGUAUUCAGGUGGACAAUCAGAGCAUGGAUCCCAUAUUCGCUGUGGUCUUGGCCCCCAUACCGCCGCCUAAGAGCAUGGCCAACACCACGGCCCUCAAGCCGUUCCUUGAGUGCAGCAUGGUCCAGCGCAUCAUGCCCAAUUCUACGGUGCGACAAUUCAAGUACGCCAAGCUCCUGAUCCAGGAGUUCCACUUCAAGGUGGAUCUGAAAUUCCUCACCGCCAUUGGCGAUUUGUUUGCCAAGGAAGUCAGCGACGAGACAGAGGCCAAACAGUUUCUCGACGACGUUGACUCCAUUGUGCUGCCACUUUCCGUCUUCUUCGAGAAUCAAUCCUUGCAGGAGCAGAAGAGCUUCUACGACAACCUGCAUCUGGGUCCGCUCAAGAUCCAUUUGAGUUUCUCCAUGGGCGGCUCGGACACAAAGACCCUGCCUGGCUUCCUGGGCUCCGUGCUCGGUGCUGUGGGCGUUACCCUGACCGAAGUCAACGAUGUCGUCUUUCGCCUCGCCUAUUUCGAGCGGGAAUAUCAGUUUUUCACCCAGUCGCAGCUGAUGAGUGAGAUUCAAUCGCAUUAUACGGGUCAGACGCUGAAGCAGCUGUACGUCCUAGUCCUGGGUCUGGAUGUUCUGGGCAAUCCCUAUGGCCUGGUGGUGGGACUCAAAAAGGGUGUGCAGGACUUGUUUUAUGAACCAUUACAGGGUGCCAUCCAAGGACCCCAAGAGUUUGCCGAGGGCCUGGUCAUAGGCUUGAGGUCACUCUUUGCUCACACUGUGGGCGGUGCUUCGGCAGCCAUGUCCAAAAUCACUGGAGCCAUGGGCAAGGGUCUGGCCGUCUUGACCUUUGACGAGCAAUACCAAAAGAAGAGGCGUCGAGGCUUCCUCAAUAAGCCCAGGAACUUUCAUGAGGGACUGGCUCGCAGCAGCAAGGGCCUGGUGAUGGGCUUUGCGGAGGGUGCGACUGGCGUUGUAACCAAACCCAUGAAUGGAGCCCGCGAACAGGGCGCUGGGGGCUUCAUCAAGGGUCUGGGUAAGGGGGCAAUUGGCCUGGUGAUUCGCCCCAUCGCUGGUUUGGUUGACUUUACCAGUGGCAGCUUCGAUGCUGUAAAACGCGCCGCAGAGGCGACUGAGGUUAUCAGAAGGAUGCGUCCUCCACGCUUCCAGCACUACGACAUGAUCCUAAGACCCUACUGUUACAUGGAUGCCCUGGGUAACAAAAUACUGAUGGAGGCCGAUAAGAGUAUAUAUGCAGACACAGACAGCUUUAUCCACUGCGAGGAGAUCCUCAAGAAAUUCGAGUACAUGAUAGUGUCCGAUAACCGCCUGCUUUACGUCCAGCGCAAUGAGAUGUUUAAUAUCUGGACGUCCCUCUGGUCUUACCUGUGGAGCGAGAUUCGGUACGUGACGGCGGUUUCGCGGGGUGUACAGAUCACAACCAAGGCGGAGGGCAAGAAGACGCUGGGCCUGUUCAGACAGAAGGAGUCGCCCCGCAAGCUGGUCCUGCUGGCCGAUGAGCGCAAGCGUCUCGCCCUGGUGGACAUAAUCGACGCCCAGCUGGUGGACCUCAAUCCUCACAUGAUCGUGGUCUCGUAUCCUGAGGAUGAUUAAUAAAGGACUUGAAAUUUAUUUUCUCGAGUGGCACCUUGUAAUUGUGAUGUAACGUGUCGUGCUUUUACAAAUGUAUGUCCAUUAUGUUUUAAUAUUAAAAUUUUAUGUCAAAGUAGGUGUUAACUUAA